AUGUCGGAAAAAAAGGCGGAUGAGAUUGUUGGCAAUAGCCAAGAUGUCGAGUUUGGCGUUGGAAAUGUACAGCAUGCAAGGCCGAGAAAGACUUCAGCGGUUGAUCCUACCGUUAUUGCGGGAGAAAUCUUCGAUGAUCGAUAUGAGACUACUCAGCGAGGUCUGAAGUCACGGCAUGCUCAGAUGAUUGCUCUGGGUGGCACAAUUGGAACGGGUCUCUUCGUCGGCAGUGGUGUCACUCUUUCUCGCGGAGGUCCAGCCUUCAUCCUUGCAUCUUUUUGCGUCAUGUCCUUUUUGAUCUUCUGCACCGUCGCCGGAAUCAUUGAAGUCGCUGCCUAUCUGCCUACUCCCGGAUCCUCGAUGAACCUCUUCGGCGCGCGCUACGUAUCUCGCUCGCUGGGUUUUGGUCUCGGAUGGCUCUACUUCUACUCUCUUGGUAUUUUGGUGCCAUACGAGAUCACGGCUGCUGCGCUCGUCAUCGAGUACUGGAGUCCACCCGUGAAUAUCGCAGUCUGGGUCACAAUCAUGAUCAUUGUGAUUGUGGGCCUGAACUGCUUCCCAGUAAAGUUUUAUGGCGAAACCGAGUUCUGGUUUGCUGGCACGAAGGUCAUUAUGAUUCUUGGUCUCCUAUUGCUUUCAUUCAUCCUCUUCUGGGGCGGUGGCCCACAACACGACCGCCUCGGCUUCCGAUACUGGAAAGAUCCUGGAGCAGCGAAUACCUAUCUUGAACCAGGGAAUACGGGUCGCUUCGUUGCUUUGUUGUCUACCUUGGUUCUCUCAGCCUUCCCCUUCUCCUUCGCCCCCGAACUUCUCGUCGCUACUGGCGGCGAAAUGCAAUCCCCCCGCCGCAAUCUCCCUACCGCCGCUCGCCGCUACAUCUACCGCCUCGUCAUCUUCUACGUCUUCGGUGUCCUCGCCAUCGGCGUAAUUUGUCCCAGUAACGAUGAGAGUAUUACCUCUGGUGGCGCCGGCGCCGGCUCCUCGCCUUUUGUGGCUGGUAUCAAAAGAGCAGGCAUACCCGUCCUUGACAGCAUCAUCAAUGCCGGUAUCAUCAUCAGCGCCUGGUCGUCUGGAAACUCGUUCUUGUUCCUGUCCAGCCGCAGCCUAUACGGUCUCGCGCUAUCAGGAAAUGCGCCAUCCAUCUUCAAAUCGUGCACAAAGUCCGGUGUGCCGUACUACGCCGUCGCUGCAUCGUCGCUUUUCUGCGCCCUGGCCUAUCUUAAUGUCGGCUCAUCGUCCGCGGUGGUCUUCACCUGGUUCGUCAACCUGACAAAUACCUCUGGUUUCAUCUCGUGGAUCUGCUGUGGUAUCAUCUUCUUGCGUUUCCGCAAGGCAUGCGACGCACAAGGCAUCACGGAUUUGCCGUAUCGCUCUCCCGUCGGCAAGUGGGGCGCAUGGACUGUCAUUGUCGCAUUCACCUUCCUCUGCCUCAUCAACGGCUUCGACGUCUUCUGGCCCGAGAAAUGGAACGUUAGCUCCUUCUUCACCGCCUACGUCGGUAUCCCCAUGUUCUUCCUCUUCUACGGUGGCCACCGUAUCUGGGCGAGGAAAGAUGGCUGGGCAUAUGAUCCUCUCACAGUGGAUUUGCAUACGGGCUUGGAACAAGUGCUUGCUGAGGAGAGGCCGGCGAGGAUAAUCAAGGGCCCGUGGUGGAAGAAGAUUACACUGAUUUGGCAGUAA